GUGACACUCAGAUCUCAUUACUUUUGGUUUCUUUCUUUUUCGUUGAGCCAUCGAAUACUUAGCCUAGCGACAUUUUGGACCCCAUCUAAUGAUCAAACAACUUGGCUGGCCCCUAUGUGCGGCAGUCGCGAUCACUGCGUCAAAACGUCUCCAGCGGCCAACCAGCGGCAUUCCAAAACUCGCUUUCUGCAUAUGUCAACGAAAAGUCAUGUGAUCUACAUUGGCACGACAAAGGAUGAUCGAGACAGGGGUAACUUCUGCAUACUAGUAUCUAGUGUCUGAGAAGAUGAGAUAGGUGAAAAUUCCCUCACAGCCGAUGUCACCAGGCCCAACUAUUGCUCAGACGCAAGUCGUAAACUUUGUCCUGCCCAUUGUAGCGACCUUCGUCACGUCUUUCCGCCUGUAUUGCCGCGCGCGGCGACAUCUUCUGUGGAUCGAUGACGGAUUUGCAGCCGCCGCCAUGAUGUUCGAUAUCGCCUUGAUGGUUUGCAGUGCUUUGUAUCUGAGAGGCUACGUGCUUCACCCUCAAUGGGCAAAGGUAGCACUCUAUUACACGUUAACACAAUGCUUUUAUGGAGUUAUCUGGUGUUCCCGAUUAUCCAUCUUGUUUACAGUUGUGCGACUGGCAUACUGGGGGACCCAGAGGAGGAUACUCAUCCGCAUUGCAAUCAUCUUUGGCGUUAUAUGGGCUAUACUUUUUGCACAAGUGUGGUGGACUUGUGAAUCGAACCCUAGUUGGAAAAAGCUACCACGUCCGCAGUGCCCUCUCGGCAGAAAUGUCGCGAUAGCACAGAUUCCGACGUUUGGAGACACUGUCCUUAUCUUGGCUCCAUUUCUUCUCAUUUACAAAGCCACAUUGACGACGCCACAAAGAGUCCGGGUGAUCUGCCUGUUCUCUACAUCAGCGAUCACCACAGCUGUCAGUCUCACUCAUGCAUAUUAUGUCUUGACUGUGGGAGAGCUCAAGGAGGCAGUAUCUGCCAUGUUCGAGGGUACAGCGUCUAUAUCUCUAAUCGUCGCAAACCUAAGUGUGGUUGUUACAUUCUUCUUGCGCAUGCUCGCAGAUGACGAAGGAUGGUCGACUACUAUAGAAUUUGAAGGCGUCGGAUCCAGAGUCGACGAGUAGUCUCAGCGGAAAUUGUAACCAUGUUUUUGAUAACCGAGGAGUCAAGUCUAGCUAGAGGCGGUCAACUUCCUUGAAGGUAUACGGU